AAUUUUGAAAAAGAAACCUCUGUAGUCGCUCUCUUCUGAGUUAUCGGAGAACCACAAAUUGCAACGAAAGUAGAUGGAAUCCAUGGCUCUAGAUCCGGAACUUGACAUGGAUGACGAAGAUCUGGAGACAAUGGAGUCAGAUGUGAAGCAGAUGGCGAAGAAGAUAUCCGAGUACAGGCAAACCCUACCGGAUCAUCUCAGGAACACCCUUGAUUCUGCGCUUUCUUCUCACAUCGAUUCCGGGUCGGAUCCUCUGCCGUCUCCGUGCCUCACUAUCGCAGGCAGAGUCAAAUAUGAGAGUAAUGGCUUGUGUAUAGAAUUUAUGAUGAAUCAACAACACUCACUACAACUUGUCAAGGUUUUAGCUAAAAGCUAGAGUCUUUUUGUUGUUUGCGUCUUCAUAUGCUAUGAAGAACUUGUCAAGUACUGUAGAGAAACAUAAGAACUUGCAGUGAUUCUUGUCUUCUUCUUCAUCUGUUAUCAGUAUGCUAUAUCAACCAAUCUGCUGUGUUUUAUUUAAUGCAGAAAAUAAGCACAGAAUAAUGUUGUGGUUCAUAAGAGACUUUGUUUGAGAAUGGUUCAUAGUAUUCUAGAGAAACACAAGAGCCUGCACUGAUCUUUCCUCUCAUAUCAGUUUACUGUAUUAACCAAUCUUUGGUGUUUUCUUUUUUUAAUGCAGAAGCACAAGUACCUGUUGGGUUAGGAACUGAAGAGCAAGACUCUGGAGAGAAAUGGAUUCAGCUCAAGGAAAGAAUGUCGAGAAACGCUGCGAAUAUACCUAAAGUUGUAAA